AUGAUGUCAAGAUUCUUGGUGCCCUCAAGGGCCAAUAUGCUCAGUAGAGGAUUGAUGAGUAUCAGAUCCGUUACUACUACCACCACCACCGCCAAAGCCUCUGCUCCUCAACUCACAUGGACCGACUUUCUUCAAUUGAGAAAGCAACAGGGCCGUAUUAAUACUGCGACAUCCAUUGUCACUGCCACCUUAAGUGCUGGUGUUGCCUUUUUGUACAUUGGUACCACAGGUUUCGAUCCUGAAAAACACGUAUUUGGCUAUGAUGCCAUGACGGUAUAUUCAUUGGGUAUCAUUGGUGCAGGUUUCCUUGGGUUUUUGGCAGGUCCUACACUUGGUAAUGGGGUUUUCAAAAUGGUUAACCGUCGUGUUUUAAACGACUUUAAGAUCCGUGAUCAAGCCUUCUUGGAAAGAAUUAAACAUAAUCGUGUGGAUCCUUCACGUCAAAGUUUCUCAAACCCAGUUCCUGAUUUCUACGGUGAACGUAUCUAUUCCGUUAAGGACUACAAACAAUGGCUAAGAGAUUGCCAUGCUUUCAGAAGAAAGGCAAAGGAGUUCCUUUGA